AUGACCCGCCACCUCGACUCGUUCGUGUGCCCGAUCACGCAGGACGUGAUGGUCGACCCGGUCGUGACUGUCGAUGGCCACUCGUACGAGCGGUCGGCCAUCGCAGAGUGGAUCCGCACCAGUCGCGAGACGGCGCCCGGCGGCCAAGUGACGAGCCCGGCGACGAACCUACCGCUGCGCUCGCUGCAGCUCAUCCCGAACCUCGCGCUCAAGCGGUCCAUCGAAGAGUACCGCAACGAGCGGUCGUCGUCUCGCGGUGCUUCGCCCGUUGCACGGGCCGUCUCUGCGGUCGCGGUCGCUCCGCCUUUGCGGCGGACGGAGGCGCUGCCAGAGGUCGGCUUCUUUGUCUACCGCGCGAACGUGGCGCUCGCAGUCUACUCACGGCCGUCGUUUGGCCCUCCCGUGCGCAGCUGGUCGAAUGGCAACGCCGUGACGCUGCCCGCUGGCGAGCUCGUCGUCGUGACCAAGCGCGUCUAUGGCACGGCGUCCAACCACAUUUUUUUGCUCCUGGCGGACAGCAACGAAUCUGAUCUUAGCAAUCGCUACAUCUGCGAGCAGCAAGAGCACGCGCCGUACACGGCCGUCGCAGUACGUGCGACGACGACACCGGAGCUCAAGACGUACGCUGCGACCGAGGCGUCGUUGUUCUUUUGUCGCCCCGCGACCAGCCACCGCUGCCUCUUCACGCGCAGUGAUAUGCUGGCGGUCAACGAACUCGUGGCGUCCGACCUGCGCGUGCAAGACCCCGUGACGCACGACGUCUUUAUCCGGCUCGAGAACUGCGGCGCGUGGUUGCCGCUGCGCUGCUUGCGGCCGCGCCGAGCGAUUACGACCCGCACCAUCAUCAAGGUCUCAACGCCGACGAACGUGUACCGCAACAUCUACACGUGGCCGCACAGCACCGUUCUCGCGACCUUGCCGGCCAACCACCUCGUCGCGACAAUCUGCCACGUCACCAGAAACAACGGCGCCCUGUUCGCGCGCAUUUCGUACGACGAUGUUAUCGGCUGGUGCUGUCUCGAGCAGUCGGACAUCCUCUAUCGAUGCCCACCGCGCGUGGCCGAGCACGCGCCCGGUCGAUCGAUCCCUGUUGCUAUCCUCCAAGGCAACUACUAUCUGCUUGCGCUCAACGAAGUCCAAGAAGACGGGUCGACCUCGCAGCGCUUCGUCUGCAACGUUCCGAGCUCGAUGGACCGCCAGAUCGACAACUGCAUGGCGAAAGGCCGGCACGUGACGCACGCGGCCAUUGGCCCCAACGCCGAGUGGUACCUUAGUGGCACCAAGCCCGAUGGGUCCGGUGCCCACUGCUGGGCCAGCAAGAACGUCUCCGAAGAGUUUCUUGAGCAAAUGGCGAUCAACUGCCGCGUCGCGUAUGGACGCUACGACGCCUUUGCGCUUCUGGACGACGACGACGGUCGCGUGGCCUCGUCUGGCUUGCCGUACGAUAUGGAGGAAGCUUUCGACAACGCGCGCAAGAUCCACACGUUUGGCUUUGACGAAGACAACGGUUUUUUCCUCAAGCAUGCGGACGGCGUCGACACCAACAACAUUGCCCACUGGUUUGAAGACGACAUUUUGGCGGCCAAGCCGCCGCGCGGGUACGGUCCGCUCGUCUCUGCGUCGUACUGGGAGGGCAGCUACGUGGCCAUCUACGAGCAUUGGUUCACGACGUCGAACGACGUGCCAGCGUCCGUGACGAAUGCACUCAAAGCGUUCUACCAACGCCACACGAAGAUGCGCAACGACCGGCGGCGGCUCAUUCAGCGCUACCAAGAACUCGAGUAGGCGCCACCGAC